AUGGUUGCUAGUCCCAAGCUUCCUCGAGAUUCUACCCCAGCACGGCGGCAGCAUCAGCUGCAACAGGCCUCCCCCCCCUCGGAAGGCGUGGCACCGACGGCGGGACGGCAACAGCUACUGAAGGCCCGGCAGCUCCUCCUUUCUCGCGACCGUGCCGGCGCUCAGAGGGCCUACACCUUGGCCCUGAACCAAGCGCAAUCUUCACAGCAGUUCGACCUGGCCGCGUGCUUCCUGUGUCAUCUCCGCCUCGCCCAGCUUUGCUUCUCCCCCGCGGACGGGGGUCGCGGUGCCAGCUGGAGCAGCAACUACAGCUGUCGCGCCCCGAGUGUACACGUAUCGGCGCGGGAGCACCUCGAGGCGGCAUGGGCACUCCGAGAUAUAAUGUUGCGAUACCGCCUCGUGCCACCGUUGGGGGCCCUAGGCGUUUACUUUCGGGCAGUGGGGUUGCAACUGGCAGGCCUUCUCGGCGAAGGGUCACGACGGUGGCGGGGAAACAGGGGCGGCGGCGGCAGCAAAAGCGCCAGCGAUGGCAAUGCGGAGGCUGUGCUGCGUUCCCUGGAGGAACUGGGGCUGCUAGAGAAUGUUUGUGCUGGGGAGGUGCAGGAUUCAAGUGCUUGUGAUGGAGAGAUGGAGGGUUCAUGUCGAGGUGGGAACUCACGAGAGGCACCGGCAACAAGAGGGGGCCCAACUCGGCGGUAGUCCCCAGGGAGCCAGGAUUGACGUUGAUGGGUUGUGUGACGGAUGUGGGAAAUCGACGAAGCGUGGAGAAGAAGCAGCACCACUACCGCCACCACCAUCUAAGGAGACGGGUGACGGACGCGGCGGUGGGUACUGCCCGGACUGCACGGCCGCAUACGACAAGGCCGUGGCUCAGGGCCCCAAAAGCGACGGCACCCCGUGCGCAGGUUGCGACGACACGACGCAGCCCGUGGCGAUAGAACCUGGCGGAAAAUGGUACUGCGAGGCNGAGGAGGAGGAGGAGGGGAAGACGUUAUCGAUGUCGAGGUGCAAGCGAUACUGGUUCUUGCCUAAAAGCCCCACGGGGGCGGUCGCUACUUCAUGGUAUAUCCAUACGGGCAGUUCCGCUGCCGCAUGGCGCAGAAAAGGUAUUGGAUGAAGUGCCGCCGACACCGGCAUCACUCCCAGCCGCAGCAGCACCAAACGACAGGGCAGCAUUUGCCGGAAGACACCCAUAUAUUAUCAAUUUUGCGGGGAGGGCCUCGGUUUUUGAUGCUUUGAUCGCUGUCGGAAUUCUAGAACGAACGUCUUGACCAACCGGUGUGUCCACAAUGUUGGCUUGGGUAGGGGCGGGGGGGUAGUCAAGGAUGAGUACGGUCUGUUGACAGGUUCCAAGCUUCACGCUAGGAAAAAGUGGGCAGCGUCGAGAAAUACCGGCCUAUGGACGCACACACGCUCACGCUCAUGUGAUACUCCUAUGCUCUGACUGAGUUGACUGUUCGCGUGUGUGCGGUGUGUUCGAUUCAAGAGAGCGCUCGUGGAUGGCGUUGGCCGUACGGCAGACGACCGUUGUGGAGACAGGUUUAGGUACAUGGUCGUUUUCGAAUGCCAGACUUGAAUGGACAGCGUUCAGUUGGAUCUACUGUGUGGUCGGGCGUACCGUUAGUUCGUUGAAACCUGAAGUAUCGAGUCAUAAUUGCGAUAUCAAUCAAUCCGGGAGUCUUGGCAGCGGAGCACUCCGGCCUAUCGACGCACACACGCUCACGCUCAUGUGAUACUCCUAUGCUCUGACUGAGUUGACUGUCCGCGUGUGUGCGGUGUGUUCGAUUCAAGAGAGCGCUCGUGGAUGGCGUUGGCCGUACGGCAGACGACCGUUGUGGAGACAGGUUUAGGUACAUGGUCGUUUUCGAAUGCCAGACUUGAAUGGACAGCGUUCAGUUGGAUCUACUGUGUGGUCGGGCGUACCGUUAGUUCGUUGAAACCUGAAGUAUCGAGUCAUAAUUGCGAUAUCAAUCAAUCCGGGAGUCUUGGCAGCGGAGCACUCCGGCCUAUC